AAACACGGAAGUACACAAGGUCGGUUCAUCUGUAGAUCUACAUAGCGUGUGGAGGUUGGUACUCGGUGUCGGUUGAUCAUGGCGAGAAGGAUGACGAGAGGAAAGGCAGAUGUGUCUGUGGAGAGAAACUGGGAAAUUCUGACUGAAUCAGUGACCACAAAGGACAUCAGAGUUGUCAGAGAAUGGUUCAAACACAAUACAAGUCUGCAUGGUCGGGGUAGUGAGUUCCCCGAACAUCUUCGAGACCCUGUGUUCGUUGCUGUUGGAGAUGGAAGCAAGGCUAUAUUUACUCUACUAUUGCGUCAUGGUUUCCAGGUCAACAGACUGACACGCGGCAAACGACGGAAUCUGCGACCCGUCCACAUAGCAGCGAAAUGUGGACAACUGGAGAUGUUGAUGACGUUGUUGAGUGACCACGAUGUGCCUGUAGACACGGAGGACUCCUGCCACCGGACUCCUUUCGCGUAUGCUGUCGAGGGCAACCACACAGACGUUGUGCAGUACUUGCUGUCUCAAGGAGCGGACUGUGACAGGCCGAGCCCCUUCUUGUCGCCCUUGGUGUCAGCGGUGAAUGGCAACAAGCUGAGUCUGGUAACAGUCUUGACACAGCAUGGCGCCAACGUCAACUGCAGAGUUAGUGAGGAUGGCUGUCUGUUAAAUAAAUGCGCGCGUUUAAACUACGUCGAUAUGAUGCAAAUACUUUACAACAAUGGAGCAAGAGUCGACAUACGUGAUAAAAAUAAAGGAUUCGGCAUUUUACACUUUGCCUUACACAAGCCCGUUAAUAUGAAAGUGCUGAAGUUCCUUAUUAAGGUCAACGCGCCUCUAAAUCAGGUGUGUUCGGAGGGGCGUUCAGCUCUCCUGGGAAUGUUAAGUAGCAAGGACAAAUUGUUCCACCCUUCCAGAUACAUACGUCUUCUAGUUGAAGCAGGGUAUAAUGUGACCCGCAGCGAGUACGAUGCCGCCUGUAAUGUCCAUACUGACUGUGAAUCACUUCAGUUGGAACUCCAGAACUAUCUGUCCAGUACCUGGUCACUUCAACAGCUGGCUUGUUUCAAGGUUCGUCACAUUCUAGGCGCGGAUCUGCCAAAGCGCGUCCAUGAUCUCCCUUUACCAGAGCAGGUGAAGGAGUACGUCCAGCUCAAGCACCUCACAGACUGAGAUUAUUACGUCGUAUAAAGUGCGUAUAGUUUUACGCCGCUUUUCUCAAUACCUCUGCCGAGUAUAACGGGCUCCACAAUGCCACAUGAAGGGAAUCGACCCAAGAGUUGGUUCAGCGUGACGAGCAACAGCUCCACCACAAAUCCGAACAUUUCAGUGGUCAACCUGUUUCAAUAUUUAAAUCAGCUGAACCGCUGACAGUUUUAGAGCUAUCAUCUGUUUGUGUCUUUUCCGUAUUUCAUAAACCUCUUAUGCCUGAUGACACACAAAAACAAUGAUACGUAUUCAGAGUAUUCGAGUGAGUGAGUGAGUGGGUUUUACGCCGCUUUUAGCAAUAUUCCAGCAAUAUCACGGCUGGGGACACCAGAAAUUGGCUUCACACAAUGUAUCCAUGUGGGGAAUCGAACCCGGGUCUUCGACGUGACGAGCGAACGCUUUAACCACUAGGCUACCCCACCGCCCCUUCAGAAUAUUGGAAACCUGAACUAUCCCAAAAGGACUAAAUGCACCAUGGGUUCCAUUCAAGCAGGUUGCUUGUCAGACAGCAAACCAUCAUUAUGUCUGUUUAAUUUCUUCACGCAACCGUAAUUCCUUCACAACUCAAACUCACGGAUGACAUCAAGGAUGUGUUUGCCAAUAACAGUAUGUCAAUAACGGAGUUUGUGAGUCAAUAAAAACUUCCUU